CGGCAAGAUACUCGCCAAGAAGCCGGAGGGGUCUGAGAAGCAUGUGAAGAUCAAAGAUGUUGCCCUUCCGGAUGAACUUUUCAAGCUAGGCUUCCGGCAGUAUCGGCCGAGGGGCUCGCAGGAUGAAAGAUACCCUCCGAUAGAUCGUGUAUUUGAGAGCGUCAUAGGUAACAAUAUGGAUGUGAACUCCCUGUUUGCCCUGAAGAAGACGAAGGGGAAGAAGAAGGACCCCUCGGGUCCGAAGCCGGUGGGUGCUUCCCCCAUAGAGGAGCCCUCCCAAGCUGCUGCCGCCGGUGUUGGUGCCGGGAGUUCCAAGGGCGAGGGGGGCCUAAAGAAGAAGAACGGCGGUAAGGGGCUUGAGCCCCCGGCCAAGAAGUUGAAGGCCGCGGACUCCGGUAAGCAGCCGGCUGCUGAUGUUGUCCUCAUCGUGGACGAGGGGCAUGCCUCCGGCCCCAUCCCUCAGGAGCGUGUCUACCAAGACUUCUUCGGCCGGGAGAAGUUAGAGGCAAUUGUGCCGAAGUGGGCCUCGAUCCUGGAAGGUAACCUCAUCCCUUCGGCACUGAUGAGACAAGUGAUGCCUUCAGCUGACAGGCUGGCUCUCGCCCAGAUGAAUGAUGAGGGCCUCAACUCGAGGAUCCUUCAGAAUAGUGCCUCCGCCUUCAUGGGACUUUGUGAGCACUUCCGGAGGGUCGAGCAGAUGAUGGAGGCUAGGGGUGCUGCCGAGGAGGAAGCUGCUAGCCUCAGAAAGAAGCUGGCUGAAGCCGAGGACUCCCUUCGCCUGGCCACCGAGAGCAUGGAGCAGCGGGUGCGGGCUGCGAAGGCCGAAGGCAAGAGCGAGGGCCUGGCUGAGGCUGGGGAAGCAGCUGCCG